AUGAGAAAGGCUAUCAAAGAGAACAUAGCAAACCUAUUACCUCACAUUCCCAAGGACAUCAUCUUCAACAUAUUAUUGCAUCUCCCAGCUAAGUCACUUUUCCGUUUUCGCUCCAUUUGCAAUUCAUGGCCUGAUCUAUUCUUUGAUCCGCAGUUCCACGAUGCAUGCAACCACCGUUGCAUAAUCAUAUCAUCUUUUCUUGAUCUUUCUCUCUUAAUCAAAUCCAUCGACUUUGAAACUUCCGAUGCUCAAAGAGUCGAUAAGCUGGAGUCUCCUGGCACGUGGCUGAAAAACCAACGUGUCCAGUUUUUGGGAUCUUCUAAUGGCUUACUAUUAUGCACAGUCAAUGGCAAACACCUCUGUUUAAACCCUACCACUAGAGAAUGGAUGGGGCUUUCACCAAUCGGUUAUGAGACUGAUGAUUUGGUGUUUUAUGGAUUUGGUUAUGAUUUCUCUACCGAUGACUACAAGGUUGUGAGAAGCAUUUGCUAUGCUGAUUAUACAUGUUGCGAAAGAAAUGAUAAUUUUGAUUUGGACAUCUCGCCAGGCAAAAGAAGAGACGAAGUUUUUAUCUAUACCCGCAAAACAAAUUCUUGGAAUUGGAUUUCGAAUUUCCCACACAAGGAUAUAAUUCAGUAUGGAGGUGAGACUGAGAAAUGGACAAUAUGGGUGAGACUGAGAGAUGGACAAUAUGGUUGA